AUUUUACAGGUUAUGGCUGGCUGUGAAUGGGAUGAUGAGACUAAAGAGGUUACUGGUUUUUAUCAGGCUGGUUAUGAUGGAGAAGACUUCAUAGUAUUUGAUCUGAAGACACUGACAUGGAACGCUUCAAAACCACAAGCUGUCAUCAUAGAACACAAGUGGAAUAGUAACAUAAUUGGAUCAAUCUUCAUUAAGAACAUGCUCAUCAAUAUUUGCCCUCAGUGGCUGAAGAAGUAUUUGGACUAUGGGAAGAACUCUCUGAUGAGAACAGACCUUCCCUCAGUGUCUCUCCUCCAGAAGACUCCCUCCUCUCCAGUCAGCUGCCACGCUACAGGUUUCUACCCUCACAGAGCCGAGAUGUUCUGGAGGAAAGAUGGAGAGGAGCUUCAUGAGGACGUGGAACACGGAGAGAUCCUCCCCAACCAUGAUGGAUCCUUCCAGAUGAGUGUUGACCUGAAGCUUUCAUCAGUCACACCUGAAGACUGGAGGAGGUACGAAUGUGUGUUUCAUCUCUCUGGUGUGAAGGACGACAUCGUCACCAAACUGGACAAAGCAGUGAUCAGAACCAACUGGGUUUCUCUCUCAGAGUUCCCUGCUGGUCCUGUUAUUGGAGGUGUUGUAGGACUGCUGCUGCUCCUGGCAGUCUGCAUCACUGGAGUCUUCAUCAGGAGAAGGAAAAAUAAUGCUUCAGACCCAUCAUCCUUUGAAAUUUCUGAGGUCAAAGAUGCAGCUCUUAACUGAUCACAGAGUAACAACAUCUGGAGAGAACUGAUGCUG